CGCCGUUCCAACCUCGCCGCCAGACUUUCGUCUCAUCCUCACCGCUUUCCUUCUUCCCCAUUCAGGAGCCCGACAUUCUACUCCUACCUUUUAGCGGCUCAAUUGCUUGUAUAGAGUAUAUGUACGUCUAGGAAAUAUGUCGUCGCCAUGCGAACCUCGAAGCAGGCUCCACGAGCAAAUAUCAGAACCGCCCAGUUCGCCGCCUCCGCCGCCGGCCGCGACAACGGGCAGUCGAAAGCCGAAGAAACCGCCGCCCAUCACGCCCAAACGCUUUACGCGCUUUUUCACCCCGCGAACGUCAACGCACGGAUCUUCCAAGACGCAUACACUGAGUAGUUCUGGCCGCCAAUUGCAGGACAUCACACGAGCUGCCAUCAACCGUAGCAAUGCCACGCAGAGGAUACCGCGCAAGACCGUGAACUUUGCCGACGUCAUGGUCGAAAACCGCGUGGAGACGCCUCAAAUGAACUCCCGCAAGCGCAAGACGCCGUACCUGUCACCUGAGAGCUCUCCGGCCCAAUCAUCGCCAUCCAAGCGGGCGAAGUACACCACUCCACCGCCGUUCACCAUCCUCGAGGAUCCGCCCGUGCUCGAGGAGCCACCUGUCUAUCCUACCCCUAUUCGUCGCCUAAAGAGUCUGGGCAGCACUUCUCGGAAGCUACAACGGUCAUUUGGUGGGUUAUUGGGAGUGGGCCGCGGCUUUGUGAGAGAUCACUGCACCACCUGGCAAGACCAGACCGCCGAUUUCUACAGCAGCUCAGACGACUACCAUGAGCUCCCGCAUGGUGCUCCUCCGUUUUGCACGGCUGCCUGCAACACAAAUUCGCUCGUCGCAGUAGGAGAUGAAGAUGGCUGGGUUCAUCUCCUGGACGCCCACGACGAUGCACCCUCCAGCUUCGCCAAAGCCCACAUAGCCUGGCGGGCCCACAGUAACGCAAUCAUGGACGUACAGUUCUCUUCCGAUGACAUGUACAUCGCUACUGCCUCAGGAGAUCAAACUGCACAGAUCAUUGACGCUCGUACUCAACAAUGCGUUAGUGUUCUUGCCAGGCACAAGUCGUCUGUGAAGCAGGUGCGCUUCCAGCCUGAUGACGAUAAGAUUGUGGCUACAUCUAGCCGCGAUGGAGCCGUUCAGAUUUGGGAUUUGAGGUGCAAAGGCGGACAGAUUCACGUUCAUUCCGCCUGGGGAGAGGACGCACCAUACGCGAGCUCCAUCCGUACCCUCUCUGCAGCUCAUGCAGACAGUUGCUUGACCGCAACUCACAACUCUUUCUCUACGACGAAGAACAUAUCGAAUGGAAAGAGCGAGGCGUAUAGUCGACGCAACGACAUUUCUGUAACAGCUCUAUCAUUUCUCCCGACCGGUCGCCAACACCUGCUGCUGACAGCGUCGGAUGCGUCGACUUGCAUCAAACUUUGGGAUGUACGCGGACGGUAUUCCCUGCGAGGCCCUGCUGUGCCCAUAUCGACGACCACGCACCCGGAGUCGCACAACCGGCAUCGACAUUUUGCGAUCAACUCACUUACUCUCAGCGGCGACGCAGCCCGCUUAUAUGCCCUUAGCAAAGACAACACAGUGUACGCAUACUCCACCAAUCAUCUCGUCCUCGGCGUUGCUCCGGAGCUGUCUGUAUCGCACUCUGGGAAGCAGAGAUUUUGCCAAGUCGGUCAAGAGGGCCUCGGCCCUAUCUAUGGUUUUCGACACAGGAACUUUCAUGCUGGUUCCUUUUAUGUGAAAGCCUCUCUUCGCAAAGCUUAUGGUGACCAGGCGGAGCUGCUGGCUGUUGGAAGCACUGACGGAUGCCCGGUGCUUUUCCCAACCGACGAAACCUUGUUGCGACGAGAUAGCAGCCGUGCCGAAGAAGCGAGCGAUCUUCCCGAGCUCCCAAGGUCGUCCCGGACGUCUCGUCCAUCUCUCUCACGAGCAUCUUCUCGCACCUCUACCGGCAGUAGAUACCCCAGCAUGUUGGCUGACACGAUUCCGAUUUACGAGCAGGGUACGCCGCUCAUUCGAGGACACGACGCCGAGGUGACCAGCGUAUCUUGGGCACGGAAUGGUACCUUAAUCAGUGUUGGUGACGACUUCCGAGUACGACGAUGGAGAGAAGGGAAGAAAGCACGCGAGUUGAGGCUCGUUGGCGAGGGUGGGGGUCGACGAUGGCAAUGUGGUUGGGCUGUCGUGAGUGACGGCUACAAUGACGAAGACUAAAUAAAACAAUGCUCGGGCGACACUCCGAGUGCGGUGCUCGGCGUGUGGUGACUAUGACGGGACCUCCAAGACCUCGAUCACACAUACGAGGCGUCGGUGUGGGAUACCAUAGGUAGAUAAUAUAUUGACUAAGAGUCGCUCAUCGAUACACACAUCAAUCCAAG